CUCUCUCUCUCUCUCUCUCUCUCCACUCCCCGUUUGUUCCUCUUAUCACCGUCUCCGUAUUGCCUUCGCCUAUGGGGACAGAGGGAGUAAAACGAGUGAAUGCGCUGUAAUUCUGAUGUGUGGUGCCAUUAGCCUAAUAUCGCCCGCGGGCAUGGCUACCGCGUCGGAAACUCAGCAGCAGCCGUAGAGACGCUUUUACCGCCGCCCCUACCGCGGCGCGGACCCACUCUUUUCUUUCAAAUCUUGACCAGCUAUAUUCAUUGUCUAUCUGCCUGCGCAGUGCAAUGGAUUUUACCUAUCUAAUGUCAUAGAGCACAGCCUGCGGUGACUAGUCAGGCAGCAGUACGCGGUACACCAAGGGACUAAUAAAUAAGACUGGACUUAAUAGAUUCAUUAUAUUGCUGGCGUUAGCUGCUACGAGGAAAAACAUCGCGGCGGAACAAGGCUGGAAUUAUGAAGGUCUGCCACCAUGUCUAAGGCCACAGUGAAGAAGCUGCACUGGCGUUCCAAGGUGCAGGAGAGUUUUGUUCCCCUGGGGGGUGGGUCUGGGGAGCUUGGUGUGGCCAUCGGAGGCGGGGCUGACUACGGAGAGUUCCCAUUCGUCACAGCAGCACCGGGAGGCGGGGCCACAGUGGGUGAUGUCAUACUGGAGAUCGGGGGUACGCCCGUCCUGGGCAUGACGCUAGGAGACGUGAGAGGGGUCCUCAACUCAUGCCCUCAUCCCAUACGCAUUAAAACUGUCUCGCCAGGCUCUACUCUGUGUAAGGACCUGAGGCUUUAUCUGAGCAAGUGUUUUACUCCAGGGUCCAUGGACAGCCAGCUACAGCAGGUGAUCAGGGAGAACCUGUAUCUCCGAGCCGUCCCCUGUACGACCAGACAGCCUCGCGACGGGGAGAUAUCAGGGGUUGAUUACAACUUUGUCUCCAUAGAAGAGUUCUUUGCCUUGGAAGAGUCUGGAGCCCUGCUGGAGAGUGGCAAGUUCAAGGGUAACUACUACGGGACGCCCCGCCCAGUCCACAUCGGCCCAGAGAGCCCACCAAUCACGUACCAGGAACACAGGAACCUGCUCCGGAACUUCAGGACACGCAGCAAGUCGCUAAGCAACCUGGAGAAGGCUGUGGAGGAGGGAGAGAACAGUGAGGAAGAUUCUGGACUGUCAGGAGGUUCAGUAGGCAUCAACAGUGCCCCGCCCACAGCGCUAGCGCUCAGCCAAUCCUGGGACUCAAGGGACGGCGUGGGAGAAGAGAACGGAGGGAGUAGCAUCGCCACACGAGGUGGAGGGGCACUGCCCGAGAAUUGGGAGCUGGCAUUCAGCGACUCAGGAGAGCCUUACUACAUAGAUCAUAUCUCUAAGACCACCAGCUGGCUGGACCCCAGAGCUCAGAGCAGGGAGAUCCUCAGCAAAACAGAUUUGCCGGCGUUCACGGACCAGCCGGCAGAGCUGAAGGGCUAUUCCAUCCACACCCGUCUGUCUAAAGGACCGCGAGGGUUCGGCUUCAACAUCGUGGGAGGAAGCAAACAGAGAGAGUUUCUCCAGGUCUACAGCGUUACACCAGGAGGACCGCCCGCUCUCAGCACAGCUGAUAUCCUGGUCUACAUCAAUGACAGCUGUGUCCUGGGUCUGUCUCAUAAAGAGGUGGUAGAGACGUUGAAGUCUGUCCCCAUGGGUCACAGUGUGGACGUUGUGUUACGGAGGGGCUAUCCCAUGCUCUACAACCCAGACGGCUGUCCCAAACAACCCCUGACCCCUUCCGCCUCCUCCUCUCCUCUUGAACCCCUCAGCGCUGCAGCCACCCCUCCCUCCACAGCCACCGCUCAGCCCCUCUCCACCCCCGGUCCUGGCCCUGCCGAGCCCCCACAACUUCCCGGCCUGUCUAACCUGAAUCGUACAAUGUCUCAUCACAAUGGAAACUAUCUCAGAGUGGCGGGAAACUCAGGGUCGGGGCUGGACGCUAACGGGAACGCGGCAGACCUGGUGUCGGCGCCCCCCUCCUACCCGCUGUCUAAUGGAAUCCUUAGCUCUUCCGCCAGCUCAGCCUGUGCCCCCUCCUCUCACAGUAGGGGCAUCCCUCCUCCUCCCCUGCCUGAACGAACGUCCACCAGCCAGAGUGACUCAGAGGAAGGAGCCUCGGGUGGAGCGACACAGAGAUGGCCUCUGAUGCGCUACAACGCGAACUCCCUCCCCACCCCCUCCUCCAUGCUCCACCACCAGAGUGACUUCUCCACCUCCACCCUGCCCACCUCCGUCUCCAAUCUGCCCCUGUCCCAGCCGGACGUGUGCACCGCCACCACCCCCGGAGCCCCCUGCCAACGGCCCCCCAUGCCCCAGACCUCCCUCAUGCUCCCCUCGCCCACGGAGGUCCCCCCUUGCGGCUUCAAUGGCUGCCCAGCCAACGCCCACCCCCAUGGGGGCCACAGUGCGGCCAGUGAGGGAGUACCUGGUGGGGCUGGAGGAGGGGAGCUGGUCCCUGUGCCCCUGGGGAGAAGUGAGGGGGGUGGGAUGGGGUUCAGUGUGACAGCGGGGGGGCAGGGGGGGCAGCUGGCCCUGGUGAAGAGGGUCUGGGACAGAAGGCAGUGCUCCUCCCUGCAGCCAGGGGAUGCUAUAGUGAAGAUCAACGGCGCCGACGUGCAGAGUCUCAGCUUCGCUCAGGUCCAGCGGGUCCUCCAGAAACACACCAAGCAGGGAGAAGUAGUGCUGUUGGUUUACAGAGGAGGGUCCCUCUUUUCUCCUGUCUCCCCUAACCUCUACAAGCCCCUCCCCUCUCCCCUGGGCUCCUCCUCCUCCCAUGGCCUCCCAACCGACCUGCCUGCCUCCUCCUCCACCUCAGAUGCCUUGGUGCCCCUGCACCUCCCUCACAUCCCCCACAUCCCCCCCAGCCACAGUGACCUCUCCCCAGCCUCGCCCUCCACGCCCUCCACAGACCUCCCCUCCCUGGUCCAGAGCACAAGCUUUCUGGACUCAGUCCCUGUAACCCUCACCCUGGAACCCAGAGACUGGCUUGGGGUGGAGAACGGUGGUGGGGCUCCCGGUGUGUUGAGGCCCCCUCGAGGUUGGGGAGGAGGAACAGGACUGGGGGCUGUGGCCAAGGGCCAGGUGGACAGACGAGGGGGAGAGGCAAUUCUAGGGGUCAGGGGUCAGGAGGUGGAGCUACGGAGACGGCCGGGGGAGGGGUUCGGCUUCAUCAUCGCCUCAAAGGACCUGGCCAAUGGGGCCUCGUCCAUGCUGUCCCACAGGUUUGUGACGGUACGUGGGGGCAGCCCUGCGGCCCGGUCGGGUCAGAUCCAGCCUGGUGACCAACUAGAGGCAGUGGAGGGGCGGUCCGUUGUCACCCUGCCUCACAGAGACCUGGCGCAGAUACUGAGACGGGCCGGAAACACACUCAGACUCACCAUCAUACCAAGACUUAACACCAACUCCUCUAGUAUGUCAGAAGGCCCAGAGUUAGACGCUGGUGGCAGGACAAGAAAAGGCCACAGAGGAAGGCCCAAGCAGCAGGACCAGCGUUACUAUAGUGUAGACCUAGAGAGAGGUCCUACAGGUUUUGGCUUCAGUCUGCGGGGGGGCAGUGAGUACAACAUGGGCCUGUAUGUCCUGGGACUGAUGGAGGGAGGACCUGCCUCGCACAGCCACAAGAUACAGGUGAGCGACCAGCUGGUGGAGAUAAAUGGUGACAAUACAACAGGAAUGACCCACAGCCAGGCCGUAGAGCAGAUAAGAAGAGGAGGACAUCGUAUACACCUGGUACUGAAGAAAGGAAACGGAUACGUCCCAGACUAUGACCAUGAUCCCAGAGCAGUCUCCCCCUCCUCCUAUCUCGAACCAGAGGAGCCGGGUGUGGCUGCAGUAGAUAAAACACACUCUCUGCCAACGAAGAGCGGAAGGGUGGAUAGAGGAGGAGGACAGAGGGAGAAGAGAAGAAGGCAGAGGAAGGGAGGUAGUCUGGGGAGAAGGAGUAGCAGAGGAGGAGGAGGAGGAGGGCGAGGUACUCCUGACACUGACCUGGAUUGGCCCGAGGAGGAGGAGGCGGAAGAGGAGGAGGAGGAGAGUCAGGUGAUCAGCCGCAGAGGUCAGAAGUCAGAGAAUAAGGACAAUGGAAAAUGUUCCCAGAGUUUACCCAAGAACGUACUAAGGAACUCGGACAGACAGGAGGAGGUAGUGGAGACAGUGCCGGAGGUGAAGCACAGCAGGGUCAAGCAGAGGUCAAAACAGCUGAGGAGCAGGACAACACAAAGUGAGAGGAGAGAGCGGGUAGAGGAAAUAGAGGAGUUGGACGUACACAUACUUCCCUUAGCCAGUAAAACACAGGCGACAGUAGGAGGUAGGGAAAGGGGGAGGAGGAAGAAGGAUGGACAAAGGGAGAAAGAGAGGGAGAGGGAGAGGGAGGUGAAGACAAAGGCUGCAGGACCGGAAAAAAGAGACAGACCCCCAGAGAAAGAGAGAGAGCGGGCUCCCUUCUCCUUCCUCAUGCCACUGCAGGAUGGAGACGCUGAGCUGUCUAAUGCAGAGUCAGGGGCCUCAGGAGCCUCCGGGGCCAGCUUCUCUGACCAGUUCAGUGUGUCUGCCAGUAUCUCUGGAUCCACCGCCGGGGUCCCACCUGGGUGGGGAGAACCCAGAGAACUGAGAGGGGACCCAUGGAGAACCCAGUCAUGGUGUCGGGCCACCCAUGCAUCCCACAACCCGGGCCCCUGGAGAAGUACACAGUCACGGGGGGCCACCGGCCCCGGCCCCUGGAUUAAACCCAGCCAGCAGAAACUGACUCAGGUGUUGGUGGGACACAGGCUGAGAGGAGGUCUUGACCUGUAGAUGAGAGGAAGAGAGGGACGACUGACUGUUCCUGUGGUGCUGGUUAACAGAAGGAGUGUUGUGGUCUUUCUGAUAACUUUCCCAAAAGCAGAAAUCCUGGUUGGAGGAUUCCCAGAUUUCCUGCUUAUUCCCUCAUAAUUCCAGGGAUCCUCCAACCAAAAUUUUUGGUCAAGUUACCGGAAUUUUGCAACCCUAGGUGGGACUGGAAGCUACUCCAACCUAUCGUGGUCCUGACUGGUUUGACUGGCAGCUACUCCAACCUAUCGUGGUCCUGACUGGUUUGACUGGCAGCUACUCCAACCUAUCGUGGUCCUGACUGGUUUGACUGGCAGCUAAUCCAACCUAUCGUGGUCCUGACUGGUUUGACUGGCAGAUCCUCCAACCUAUCGUGCAUUAGAGCUUUGGACAACAACAAGACAGGCACCCCAAACCCCCGUUAAGCCAUCUCUCGACUAGGACACUCCCCUGUCCACUGCACCCCAAACCCUCGUUAUCCUCGUUAUCCCCGUUAAGCCAUCUCUCGACUAGGACACUCCCCUGUCCACUGCACCCCAAACCCUUGUUAAGCCAUCUCUCGACUAGGACACUCCCCUGUCCACUGCACCCCAAACCCCCGUUAAAGCCUUCUCUCGACUAGGACACUCCCCUGUCCACUACACCCCAAACCCUCGUUAUCCUUGUUAUCCUCGUUAAGCCAUCUCUCGACUAGGAGACUCCCCUGUCCACUGCACUCCAAACCCCCGUUAAGCCAUCUCUCGACUAGGACACUCCCCUGUCCACUGCACCCCAAACCCCCUUUAAAGCCAUCUCUCGACUAGGACACUCCCCUGUCCACUGCACCCCAAACCCCCGUUAAAGCCUCUCGACUAGGACACUCCCCUGUCCACUGCACCCCAAACCCCCGUUAAAGCCUUCUCUCGACUAGGACACUCCCCUGUACACUGCACCCCAAACCCUCGUUAUCCUUGUUAUCCUCGUUAAGCCAUCUCUCGACUAGAUCUCACCAGCCAUGCCCAUGAGUCUACCCACUACCACUGUCUAUCUAUCUACAGUUAGUCCACCAUCACCGUCGGUUGUUUACAUCGGAUCUACAUUCUAUAUCAUCAUGAGUGAUAUCAUCUUCAAACAUAAUCAUUGUCAUCAGAAAUGUUUAUUAUUAAAAUGCAAGUGGCAACAACAUCAACAAUUGCAUAUAUCAACCCUCUGUCUACAAACCCACAUGGAGUGUUUUAGCGCCACCUAGAGGCCGUAGUGGUGUACUAUAGAUCGAAGAGAGCAAAGCCACAACCACAGGACACUAUAAUAUAUGAUUUCCUAUUUGUUUCUAUUAUAUAAUUUUAGCAUGCUAUUUUUUAUUUUGAUGAAAAAAAAAAAAAAAGAUUACAGAGAUUUAAGAUAAAUGACCCAAGAGAGAAAUGAUUUGCCUCCUGCUUGCUUGCUUGGCCUGGAUUGUAAACUCUCCUUAAAUGCUUUCUUAUAUAGUAUUUUAUAGUUGUUAUAGAUGGCUGGAGAACAGUAAUUAUACUGUUAUAUAAAGUUUUAUAUACUGUAAGUAUAUAUACUAUUAUAUAUAUAUAUAAAUAAUGACUAGUGAUCUAUGUCUCUACAGAUCUCUGCUGGUGCCUUCAUUUCUCUAGCCAAGCCGGUGUUUACUAAAAUAAAGUAUAGAGAGUGAGUCUGAAAUUGCACCGUUUUCCUUAUACUAUACGCAUUCGGUUUGCAGGGAGUAGGGUGCUAUUUUGGACGCAAGCCAUUGUCACAUAACUGAACGGAUACAUCUAUAAAGCAGCAAGGACUCAAAUGACUUUGAUACCAGUGAAAUACUAAAAACACAGUGGGUGAAUUGAAGAAGUUAAAUCAAUGUCAUAACAAAGUGCCUCUUGGUCAAUUUUCCUUUAGAAGCACACACUACUACUAAGCCAUGUAAUAUCUAGAGUGUAUUGGUACACCUUGCAUUAUGGGUACUGUAGUACUACAUACAUCACACAACACAAAGAUGUCCUGUCAGAACUAGCGAGGUGGCCCUUGUCUACUGGUCUCUGAUGCUAAUCCAUAGCGAGGUGGCCCUUGUCUACUAGUCUGUGAUGCUAAUCCAUAGCGAGGUGGCCCUUGUCUACUAGUCUGUGAUGCUUAUCCAUAACGAGGUGGCCCUUGUCUACUAGUCUCUGAUGCUAAUCCAUAGCGAGGUGGCCCUUGUCUACUAGUCUCUGAUGCUAAUCCGUAGCGAGGUUGCCCUUGUCUACUAGUCUCUGAUGCUAAUCCGUAGCGAGGUGGCCCUUGUCUACUAGUCUCUGAUGCUAAUCCGUAGCGAGGUGGCCCUUGUCUACUAGUCUCUGAUGCUAAUCCGUAGCGAGGUGGCCCUUGUCUACUAGUCUCUGAUGCUAAUCCGUAGCGAGGUGGCCCUUGUCUACUAGUCUCUGAUACUAAUCCAUAGCGAGGUGGCCCUUGUCUACUAGUCUGUAAUGCUAAUCCAUAGCGAGGUGGCCCUUGUCUAGUAGUCUCUGAUGCUAAUCCAUAGCGAGGUGGCCCUUGUCUACUAGUCUGUAAUGCUAAUCCAUAGCGAGGUGGCCCUUGUCUAGUAGUCUCUGAUGCUAAUCCAUAGCGAGGUGGCCCUUAUCUACUAGUCUCUGAUGCUAAUCCAUAGCGAGGUGGCCCUUGUCUAAUAGUCUCUGAUGCUAAUCCAUAGCGAGGUGGCCCUUGUCUACUAGUCUGUGAUGCUAAUCCAUAGCGAGGUGGCCCUUGUCUACUAGUCUGUGAUGCUAAUCCAUAGCGAGGUGGCCCUUGUCUACUAGUCUCUGAUGCUAGUCCAUAUCGAGGUGGCCCUUGUCUAGUAGUCUCUGAUGCUAAUCCAUAGCGAGGUGGCCCUUGUCUACUAGUCUCUGAUGCUAAUCCGUAGCGUGGUGGCCCUUGUCUACUAGUCUCUGAUGCUAAUCCGUAGCGUGGUGGCCCUUGUCUACUAGUCUCUGAUGCUAAUCCAUAGCGAGGUGGCCCUUGUCUACUAGUCUCUGAUGCUAAUCCAUAUCGAGAUGGCCCUUGUCUACUAGUCUGUGAUGCUAAUCCAUAGCGAGGUGGCCCUUGUCUACUAGUCUCUGAUGCUAAUCCGUAGCGAGGUGGCCCUUGUCUACUAGUCUCUGAUGCUAAUCCGUAGCGAGGUGGCCCUUGUCUACUAGUCUCUGAUGCUAAUCCGUAGCGAGGUGGCCCUUGUCUACUAGUCUCUGAUGCUAAUCCGUAGCGAGGUGGCCCUUGUCUACUAGUCUCUGAUGCUAAUCCAUAGCGAGGUGGCCCUUGUCUACUAGUCUGUGAUGCUAAUCCAUAGCGAGGUGGCCCUUGUCUAAUAGUCUCUGAUGCUAAUCCAUAAUGAGGUGGCCCUUGUCUUCUAGUCGCUGAUGCUAAUCCAUAAUGAGGUGGCCCUUGUCUUCUAGUCGCUGAUGCUAAUCCAUAGCGAGGUGGCCCUUGUCUACUAGUCUCUGAUGCUAAUCCAUACCACACAGUACAGAUCAAUGUUAUAUCACUGUGAUCAUUCCCAUUUCAACUCCUCAUGUGUUUCAGUAAGUCAAACCUCUGAUAUAAGAUACAACCAACGACACAUAACGUUUAAGAAUCUCGUCUGUUUCUUCUCUCUCCUCCCCCUCUCAUCCCUCCCUUCCCUCAUCCUUUCUUCCUCCCUUCCCUCCUCCAUUCCUUCCCUCCUCCCUUCCUCCCCCUUCCCUCCCUCCCCCUCCUACCCUCCCCCUUAUCCCUCCCUCCCUUCUCUCCUCCCUUCCUCCCUCCCAUAUCAUGCUCUGGUGACUUGCCUGUUGCUAAAUAUAAAUUAUUAUACACUAAAUGUUCAUCUGAAAUGGCACCCUAUUCCCUAUAUGGGCCCUGAUCAAAAGUAGUGCACUACAUAGGGAAUAGGGUUUCAUUUGAGACGCAUCCUACGUUGUUGAGUUUUUAGGAUACUGACUGACUACAAGGGCAUUUUGAUACUGGUCUUCUAUGCAUUUUGUAAGACUUGCUGAUUUAGUUAUUUGCUGUAGGAGUUUUGUUUCGCCACGCUAUAGCUAUAUACAGGGCACUCUGACGGUGUGCUAUAGUAUAGUUAGUAGACAGAAUAACAAGCGUUUUGGUAAAUGUACAGAUAAUGUACAGAUUAAAAAUGUGUGCCGGACUUUGGUACGUACACGCUUAUGCAUCCAAUAUUUACCUCGUUCUUCUCCUGAGCAAUAAAAAGCCAUUUUAUUCUCACGUCUGCUAAAGUUAUGCAACAUGUAGCUUCACAUGAGCUCAAUGAGGUAAAAUACAACCUGGGUCGUGUUCAUUAUGCACCAAACGGAAGAAAACGGUCUGAAACGGGCAGGGACUACCUGAAAUGCUCAUUUUCAUUUAUUUAUUUUUUUUGCGAAACAUUUUAAAACGUUGCGUGGCCUAAUGAUUGCAACCGUGCUAGAAGGUAAAGCAUGGAUUGAGGUAUAUGUAAUAUUUGGGCUAGAGGUAUCUUUAAACCAGCCUUUGACUAAAUAAAGAAAAUGGCAAUGAAUGAACUACUGUAGUUGAUAAAGUAUUAAAUUGUAUUUGAUUAUAAAGUGUUUUAGAGAAUGACCAUUUUAACGUGAUUGUCUGUGCUGACAGACGGGAGCGAAGAGACGCCAUUUUGUCACUGGAAGAUUUGAAGCAAACCAAGCUAAUCUACUUAGCACGAAAACACCACUCCAAAUUAUACAGUGUUUGUAACAAUACAUUCUGAUAGGUCAAAACACCACUCCAAACUAUAGACAGUGUUUGUAGCAUUACAUUCUGAUAGGUCAAAACACCACUCCAAACUAUAGACAGUGUUUGUAGCAUUACAUUCUGAUAGGUCAAAACACCACUCCAAACUAUAGACAGUGUUUGUAGCAUUACAUUCUGAUAGGUCAAAACACCACUCCAAACUAUAGACAGUGUUUGUAGCAUUACAUUCUGAUAGGUCAAAACACCACUCCAAACUAUAGACAGUGUUUGUAGCAUUACAUUCUGAUAGGUCAAAACACCACUCCAAACUAUAGACAGUGUUUGUAGCAUUACAUUCUGAUAGGUCAAAACACCACUCCAAACUAUAGAAGGUGUUUGUAGCAUUACAUUCUGAUAGGUCAAAACACCACUCCAAACUAUAGUGUUUGUAGCAUUACAUUCUGAUAGGUCAAAACACCACUCCAAACUAUAGACAGUGUUUGUAGCAUUACAUUCUGAUAGGUCAAAACACCACUCCAAACUAUAGAAGGUGUUUGUAGCAUUACAUUCUGAUAGGUCAAAACACCACUCCAAACUAUACAGUGUUUGUAGCAUUACAUUCUGAUAGGUCAAAACACCACUCCAAAUUAUAGUGUUUGUAACAUUACAUUCUGAUAGGUCAAAACACCACUCCAAAUUAUACAGUGUUUGUAACAUUACAUUCUGAUAUGUCAAAACACUACUCCGAACUAUACAGUGUUUGUAGCAUUACAUUCUGAUAGGUCAAAACACCCCUCCAAACUAUUGACAGUGUAUUUAACAUAACUAUAGACAAAUUAUGUUGCAUUACAUUCUGAUAGGUCAAAACACCACUCCAAACUAUUGACAGUGUAUUUAACAUUACAUUCUGAUAGGUCAAAACACCACUCUAAACUAUAGACAGUGUAUUUAACAUUACAUUCGGAUAGGUCAAAACACCACUCCAAACUAUAGACAAAUUAUGUUGCAUUACAUUCUGAUAGGUCAAAACACCACUCCAAACUAUUGACACUGUAUUUAACAUUACAUUCUGAUAGGUCAAAACACCACUCUAAACUAUAGACAGUGUUUUUAACAUUACAUUCUGAUAGGUCAAAACACCAUAGAACAAACACAAUACUGUAUGUACCACACAGGCACAUACAGAGGGACAUUUUGCAUGCACAACACCAUACUGCAAGCCACAAAGGGAUCCGGCUAGUGGAGAGAUUAGCCUGUGUACCACAGGGUCAUAUUCAGAUCCUACCUUACUGCUUUCAACAUACAGUGCAUGGGUUUUGCAUUGAAAGUAAAUUACCAGAAUUUUCAGUCGUCUCGCUCUCUCGCUCUCUCACCUGGCACCAGAUAAUUUAGCAUGAUUAUACUGCAGAAUUAAAUCUUGGCUGUGACAGUCAAGAAGAACAACACAACUCAUCGUGGUGAUGAAAGCAUGGUGUACAUUAUUCUGAGGGUGCGUCCUAUAUAAUACUUUACCUCUUUAUCCCCCCCCUGAAGUGUACACUUGUUCACUUCUUCCCUCAAAUAUAAAAGCCUUGACUAGCUGAGCAUAACAGACUAAGUGAUCAUAGCUAGUGUUAGGCCUUGUAGUUUGUGUGUUGUCCUUACUAGCUGAUUAUAGUGAGAUACACCUAAACACUUGCAUUAGCUCCCCCCAAAGCUAAUGCCUAGACUUUAUCUCUGCUGGCUCACACAAAUUCCCGGAGACCCGGAUUGGAACUUACAUGCAGACAGGCGAUCUUUAUAGAUCUUUAAAAACCUUUAAAGACCUGUAUAGACCUUUAAAGACCUUUAAAGACCUGUCUAGACCUUUAAAGACCUUAUAGACCUUUAAAGACCUGUCUAGACCUUUAAAGACCUUAUAGACCUUUAAAGACCUGUCUAGACCUUUAAAGACCUUAUAGACCUUUAAAGACCUGUAUAGACCUUUAAAGACCUUAUAGACCUUUAAAGACCUUAUAGACCUUUAAAGACCUUAUAGACCUUUAAAGACCUUAUAGACCUUUAAAGACCUUAUAGACCUUAUAGACCUUUAAAGACCUGUCUAGACCUUUAAAGACCUGUCUAGACCUUUAAAGACCUUAUAGACCUUUAAAGACCUGUAUAGACCUUUAAAGACCUUAUAGACCUUUAAAGACCUUAUAGACCUUUAAAGACCUUAUAGACCUUUAAAGACCUUAUAGACCUUUAAAGACCUUAUAGACCUUAUAGACCUUAUAGACCUUUAAAGACCUGUAUAGACCUUUAAAGACCUUAUAGACCUUUAAAGACCUUAUAGACCUUAUAGACCUUAUAGACCUUAUAGACCUUUAAAGACCUUAUAGACCUUUAAAGACCUGUGUAGAUCUUUAAAGACCUUAUAGACCUUUAAAGACCUUAUAGACCUUAUAGACCUUAUAGACCUUUAAAGACCUUAUAGACCUUUAAAGACCUUAUAGACCUUUAAAGACCUUAUAGACCUUAUAGACCUUAUAGACCUUUAAAGACCUGUAUAGACCUUUAAAGACCUUAUAGACCUUUAAAGACCUUAUAGACCUUUAUAGACCUUAUAGACCUUAUAGACCUUAUAGACCUUUAAAGACCUUAUAGACCUUUAAAGACCUGUGUAGAUCUUUAAAGACCUUAUAGACCUUUAAAGACCUGUCUAGACCUUUAAAGACCUUAUAGACCUUUAAAGACCUCUGUAGAUCUUUAAAGACCUGUCUAGACCUUUAAAGACCUUAUAGACCUUUAAAGACCUUAUAGACCUUUAAAGACCUCUGUAGAUCUUUAAAGACCUGUCUAGACCUUUAAAGACCUUAUAGAACUUUAAAGACCUUAUAGACCUUUAAAGACCUCUGUAGACCUUUAAAGACCUUAUAGACCUUUAAAGACCUUAUAGACCGUUAAAGACCUGUCUAGACCUUUAAAGACCUGUGUAACCCGACUGCAUAGACACAGUGUGCAGAGUAAGUUAUUUAGGAAGAUAUGUUAAAGCAGUUAGUUAUGGCAGCGUUUCCCUAACUAGGUCCCCGAGGAACCCAAGGAGAGCACGGUUUGGUGUUUCUAGCCUCACACAGCUGAUUCAAAUCAUCAAAGCUUGAUGAUGAGUUGAUUACUUUUUAAUCAGCUGUGUAGUGCUAGGGGAAAACAAAAAACCCCAGGUACGAGUUUGUGAAAUCCUGGGUUUAAGGGCAACGGACUUUCUACAUCCCCAGAUAUACAGCGCCUUCCGGAAAGUAUUCAGACCCCUUCCUUUUUUCCCCCACAUUGUGUUACGUUACAGCUUUAUUCUAAAAUGUAUUAAAUUAAAAAAAUUCCCUCAUCAAUCUAGACAAAAUACCCCGAUAAUGACGAAGCGAAAACUGUUUUUUUUUUUAUGUUUGCAAAUUUAUUUAAAUUUAAAUGUAUUUUAAAAAUUUGUCUGCAUCCCAAAUGGCACCUUAGUCCCUACAUGCGGGGACUACAAUUAUUAUUAUUAUUAUUAUAUAUUUUUUUGAAAUGUAACCUUUAUUUAACAACGCAAAUCAGUUAAGAAUAAAAUUCUUGCAAUAGGAUGUCGUUUGGGACACUGUCAUUGUCUACGACCCAGUGCCUGCCCAGUGUAUAUAUAAACACAUGUUAUAAUCACCCCUAUUAUCGGUCAGUUACACCACAGAUGUACAGGUUUUUAUCUAUUUGUCACUUGUUGUAGUUAAUAAUAUUGUAUUGUUUCUGAAUGCAGCAUUGUGGGAGUUUUUUGAACUAUGAGAAAUGAAAAGCACUUACUGAAAUGAAAAUAAAGUUAUGAAUAAAAAUAUG